AUGUAUGUUUGCUUCCAGCCCUGUGUGUCCGUGGGGAAUGUUGGCCAGCUCACAGCUGACCUGGUCAUCUCCACAUUGUGGAUGGAGAGGGUCGGGUACAUCUACCGAAGCGUCCUCCCCAUGGUCGGCAACAACCCCUUCGCCCACCAUGAUGCAAACAUCUGUAAACUCACCACCAGCUGUGAAGUAUAUGAAAACCAGAGCAACAAAUUAGUUGUUCUUCAACAGAGGUCACCAUUUGUGAAGGGCAAGAAGAAGAAGUUCAUGUCUUGGCUUGCAGAGUGGACGAGGUUACAGAAGUUCCGUCAGGUGAUCAUACUGACCAGUAGCUACUCGGAGGAGAGACUUGAUGUCCAGUUACAGGGGUCCCAGUUCCGGUUCAUCCCAUCGGAGUCAAUGGACAGGAAGUGUGGCGACCUGUUCCGCACAAAACUGGGCUGGCAGGAGCUGGAGCGGAGAGCUACCCCUACUGAACUCGCCGUCGAUGGCAGCUCACAACAGAUGGUGCUGUACAUGCCAGGAAGUGGCAUAGCGAAACAACUUUUUGAGAAUCUCAAAACCGACACGUCAGUUGUUGUGAUGAUGAUGUUCUGCUCAGAAGGGGACAAUGCCCAUGAUGCUGUUGCCAUGGUUACACAGUUAAAUAAUUGGCUUGGGAUUGUCUCUUUAAAGGCUGCUCCUGGUAGCGAGGUGGGGAAGGAGGCGACCGGACCAACUGAGUGGAAGGUUCCGGUAUCCUGGUGUCUGGUCUUUGGGACAAGAGCAGAUCGAACACUAUUCCACUAACAGAACAUUGUCAAAAACUGAUAAACAUUGGGCUGGAAUUUCUCCACCCAUCACUGUGGGUGAACUGUAAUAAGAUUGUCUUCGAUAUACCAUGCUGGAUUAGAUGCAAAGGUGCAACCCCCGCAUAAAUUUCAGACAUUUUGGGUGUACAACAUGUACAUGUAAAUCACUCCACAAAGGCUCACUAGGUAUAUUGUAA